AUACUCCAUUGCAUUCUAGCACGGUGCUGUGACGUCGAAGCUCCUGUUGCAGGCACCCAUUGAACUCGAAGCCUCAUUAUGCCGAUAUAGCUUCCGCGCAGACUUGAGCGUCUACCAUGGCUUUGCUUUUGUGGAAAGCAUUCGACUUCUUCGAAGUCAGCCAGGUCAAGCUCGGCGACGAUGAGACACGAUCGUUCUUCGAGAACAAUGAAAUAUCCAGCGUAUGCUCCGGCUCUGAUAGCCUUUUCCUUGGCAGCGAAAAUGGAUACGUGCGCAUAAUCGGCCCCAGCUGGAAAGUAGUCCGGAGUUUCCAGGCACACGAAACGGGGCGCAUCACCCACAUGCGCCAGGUGGAGGGCACAAGCUUGUUGGUCACGGUUUCUGAAGACCUGAGCAACGAACCGGUGUUGAAAGUCUGGGCGCUCGAUAAGCCGGUUAAGAAAACGGGGUUACCGACGUGUUUAAGCACCAUCAACAUCAACAACGGGCGCAAACAAUUUCCUAUAUCCUCUUUCGCCGCCCUCGACGACCUCUCCCAGCUUGCAGUGGGCUUCGCAAACGGAGCAGUUACAGUAAUACGAGGCGACCUAAUUCACGAUCGCGGCACGAAACAGAGAAUUGUAUAUGAAUCAGAAGAGCCGAUUACUGGAGUUGAAUUCGUGUCAGAUCCAAAAUUAACCACGCUUUUCCUCGCAACUACCUCCAAACUCUUAAAACUGGUCAUAUCUGGAAGAGGCCAUGGGCAACCACCACGAACCGUCGAAGAUUCGGGUUGUGCUGCGGGGUGUAUGACGGUAAACAAGAAGACCGAUGACAUUAUCGUGGUUCGUGAGGAUGCUGUCUACUACUAUACCAUCGAUGGUAGAGGACUCUGUUUUGCUAAUGACGGCACUACUACUCUUGUGUCCACCUUCGAAGAUUAUGUUGGCCUUGUUUCGCCGCCUGUCUCUUCAAAGAAUGGCGGAUCAGAUAAUAUACGGAGACGAUUUGGAGGUGCAAGCACGGAAUCAUUGUUUAGUGCCGCUACCUUCACCAUGGUAGAUCCACAGUUGCAAAUAGUUGCCCAUUCCGAAACACUUAUCUCGCCAGUGAAGGCUCUAUUUCAGAUCUGGGGUGAUCUAUUCAUCUUGACUCAAGACGGAAAGAUCAAUAGAUACCAUGAGAAGCCACUAAAUCAAAAGCUCGAGCUUUUAUACCAGCGGAAUCUGUUCCCUCUUGCUAUCAGCCUUGCUCAGAAAUGCGGCAUGGACACGCAACAACAGAAUUUCAUAUAUAGGAAGUAUGGCGAUCAUUUGUACCAGAAAGGAGACUAUGACAGCGCUAUGGCCCAGUAUAUCAAAGCGAUCGAUAACACAGAGCCCUCCCAGGUGAUUCGCAAGUUUCUCGAUACGCAACGGAUACACAACCUCAUCGAAUAUCUUGAAGAAUUGCAUGAGCAUCACAAAGCAACAGCAGACCAUACCACUCUACUACUCAAUUGCUACGCGAAACUGAAAGAUGUUGAGAAGCUCGAGAAGUUCAUCAGAUCCGAAGGGGACCUAAAGUUUGAUUUGGAAACAGCUAUUAGCAUGUGCAGACAGGGAGGUUACUUUGAGCAGGCAGCUUAUCUUGCAACAAAGCAUGGCGAGAGUGAUCUGGUUGUGGAUAUCUUGAUUGAAGAUUCUAAGCGCUACUCUGAGGCGCUCGAUUUCAUCUGGCAUCUUGACGCUGAAACAGCUUACCCUUGUCUGAUGAAGUACGCCAGAGUGCUGUUGGAGCAUUGCCCCGACAGUACAGCUGAACUCUUCAUCGACUAUUACACAGGCAAUUACAAACCCAAAAUACAUUCUGUACCUGUGGAAGCAGUCUCUACGUCAUCCGGAAACCGUUUAGCAGCUGGCGCGGCCAGUGCUGUUCAGAAUCUUACGAGUUUGCUGCCUCUACCAUACAUGGGCACCUCUAGUAUUCCUUCGCCCGCCACACAGGGAGACGUUCAGCCCACAACUAGGCAAGCAGUCCCAAGUGCUGAGCCAGAUGAUGAUUUCGUUCCAAAAUAUACCCCACCGCCACCUCGUUCAGCGUUUUCAUCUUUUAUAGAUCAUCCCGACCAAUUUAUUGUUUUUCUUGAAGCAUGUCUCAAAUCUAACUCUCUCGGUGAUGGGGAUAUCGCCGACAUUUAUACAACACUUUUUGAAAUGUACCUUCACAAAGCUAAAGAAGGUAAAGGCGUACAGAAAGAAGAGUGGGAGCUCAAGGCGAAGAAGCUCAUAGAAGGUCAUGACUUACCGAUUGAGAACUCUAACGUCCUACUCUUAUCCCACUUGUCUGAUUUCCACGACGGGACAACACUGGUGAAGGAACAAUCGGGCCUUCUCUUUGACAUCUUUCGGUCAUACACUGCAGCGAAGGAUACGCGCGGGGCCAUUAAGGCUCUACGCAAAUACGGACCACGCGAGCCCCAGCUCUACCCGGCUGCCCUCGCAUACUUCACAUCGGAUCCACGCAUUCUUGACGAGGCGGGCCCGGAAGAGCUAGAUAAUGUACUGAAGAAAAUUGACAGCGAUGGACUCAUGGCACCGCUGCAAGUGAUUCAGACAUUAGGCUCCAAUGCUGUCGCAACUAUGGGCAUGAUCAAACCAUAUCUGCACGAGACGAUCACACGCGAGCGCCGUGAGAUCGCCGCUAACAAACGGCAAAUUGCUUCUUUCAGGAAAGAGACCGAACAGAAGCGUGUUGAGAUUGCAGAGCUUGGCAGUAAACCAGCCGUCUUCCAGGCUCAGAGAUGCCCGGGAUGUGGCGCCCCGUUAGAUCUGCCAGUUGUACACUUCUUAUGUAAGCAUAGUUUUCAUCAGCGGUGCCUUAAGAUGAAUAGUGCCGCUGGUGAAGGUGACGGAAGCGACAGUACUGAAUGUCCGGUUUGCGCGUCAAACAACGCUGCCGUAAGGGCUAUGAAACGUGGGCAGGAGGAGCGGGCAGAACGCCACGAUCUUUUCCGCGACGCGCUUAGUAAGAGUGACGAGCGCUUCAAGACUGUGGCACAAUGGUUUGGCCAGGGCGUGAUGGGAGCUGGUGGACUGGAAUAAGAGUCAACAUAGUAUGUAAUAUAAUACGAUCGA